AAGUAUAUUCAUAAGUAUUGCCAGUGGGUGUGGAUUUCCGCAGGUGUGUUGUAGCCUCUACCACAACACCGCCAUCUUCCCUUUCCCGGCCACGCGUUGUCAGAAAAACCACCAAGAUGUCGUCUGACUUGUGCUGGCAGGUCAUCAGGAACAACCACGCAAACCUGCUGAAGAAGAGGAAUGUCAGCAAGCCCUUCUCCAAGGAGGCCAACAACCUGAAGAAUGUAAACAGCCCACGCUACAAUGGUCUGUGCCGGAGGAAGGUGAUUGGCAUUGAGCCCGCUUCAGGAGGCAAGGGAAUCAUCAUCUCUCACAAGACUGCCAAGUACCAGAACAAGCCGGUGAAGAAUCUUGUCAAGACCACCGUGAAGGCCGGGCCACGCCGUGCCCUCAACUCCAUCCGUAGGUUCAUCCGUCACAACAGCUACAGGAAGGAUCUCAAGAUGGCUGCCCUGCGUCGUGCCUCCGCCAUCCUGAGGUCUCAGCGUGCUCAGCCCUUCAAGAAGUCUCGCCGCAGGACUUACAAGGCUGUUAAGAAAGAGUAAACGUUCGUAAUAAAGGAAUAUUGCUGUGA